AUGUGGUACACCGGCGCGGCCAUCGCCUCCAUUUACGGAGCCAUAAUUGUUUUGGGACUAAUAGGCAACAUCACUCUCAUCAGGACGCUUUGCUCGACCAAAUCCAUCCGCAACGUUCCCAACUUGUUCAUGUCGAGCCUUGCGCUUGGGGAUGUUUUGCUGCUGGUGACCUGCGCCCCGGUGGAUGCCAGCCGCUUCCUGUCGGAUGAGUGGCUGUUCGGUAGAGUUGGAUGUAAAAUCAUCCCUUUCAUUCAGCUCACCUCUGUUGGGGUGUCUGUGUUCACCCUCACAGCCCUCUCUGCUGACAGGUACCGGGCCAUUGUGAAACCUCUAGAUCUCCAAACAGCGACCACCACUACAAGCAUUGUCCUGCGAGCAGCAUUCAUCUGGGUCUUCUCCCUGAUUUUGGCAAUCCCAGAGGCGGUGUACUCUGACCUCCACACCUUCAAUGUGACCUUUAAUGAGAGCUUUGUUACUUGUGCCCCUUAUCCCCACACUGGGAAACUGCACCCACAGAUCCACUCCAUGGCCUCCUUCCUCAUUUUCUAUGUCAUCCCCCUAUUGGUGAUAAGCAUGUACUACACCUUCAUUGCCCGCAGCCUUUUUAAGAGUGCGUCUGACCUGCCCAUGGAAGGGAAUGUACAUGCAAGACGACAGGUGGAAUCCAGAAAACGUUUGGCCAAAACAGUUCUGGUGUUUGUUGGUCUCUUUGCAGUGUGCUGGCUGCCCAGUCACAUCAUCUACUUGUACCGCUCCUAUCACUAUUCCCAGGUAGACAUCUCUCUGGGUCACUUCAUUUGCAGCGUUAUUGCUCGGAUUCUGGCCUUCACCAACUCUUGCAUCAACCCCUUUGCCCUUUACCUGCUAAGCAAAAGCUUCAAGAAGCAGUUCAACCAACAGCUCUUAUGCUGCUGUCAUUUCAUGCUCAAACACUCCCAGCAAAGCCCAACUCAUUAUAACACACGCAUGACUUCAAUCCACAGCACGCACCAUUCUGUGGCAAGUCUGACCAUGAUCAAUGGUAGGCAGCUGUAUCAGGAGGAUUAUGUGUAA